AUGUCGGAUACAACAUGUCAUUAUAACAAAACACAUGGCAUUUUUAAUCGACGAGAAAUAAGGAUGUUGGCUCAAGCAUUAGGAUUACCAGAAGAACGUAUUGAUAAAAGAUUAAAUAAACUUGAAAUUGGAGAAACAGUUCAGACCUCAAAAUUAUUAGAUUUAAUCGAAAAAGGUGUAUUUGCUACUGAUUUUAAUUAUAUGUAUAAUAGUCAAAGUGGUCGAUAUAAUAGUGUUGUUUUAGCUAAAGCUCUUCAAUUAGUCGAUUCACAUUUAUUUAGCUUUAAUGAUAUAUCGAAAGCUCGGUUGGCUUUUAAUAUGUAUGAAAUGAAUGUAUCAAACAACGAUAGAAGAAAUUUCGAAUUGAUUUUAAGAACAAUUAAAUUUUGUGAUUGUCGUAUAAGUAAUUUAAAACUUGAACGACGCUUACAUCAUUAUCGUUUAAAUAAUGCAAGAAUAUUACAUUUAUGUGAAUAUUUUGAUCUUUUAUUAAUUUGUAAUCGUGAUAAUAACAAUGCAAAAUUAUUCUCAACAAAAAUUGUCGAUUUAGUUGAUCCAAAACCUAUUGAUCAACAAAUGAUGGAUGAAUUAAAUACAAAAUAUUUACGUGAUGAACAUAAUUGGUUUUUACAAGAAAAUUUUUCUAAACAAAAAAUUAUCGAAAAUUCAGUAUGGCCUGCGAAAAUUGCUCAUCAACAUCAGGCUAAUAUAGCUUCCAUAAGAAAAGCUCAACUUCAAAGACAAUUAUCUGCAAGUAUAUCAUCAUUAAAACAAUCUCGAGCUGGAAGUGCUUGUUCAUCUCGAUCACACUUAUUAUCUUCAAGUCUUCGUCAAUCUCGUCCUGUGUCUCAUUGUUCAUCUACAUCUUUAACACCAAUGAUUACUCGAAGUAACACUUGUAGUGCACAAUCAAAUCGAACAUUGAUAUCCGAAAAUGACACAGAACCAGAUGAAACAAAACCUGAUGAAAUAAAACUAGAUGACGCCAAACCAAAAGAAAAAGAACUAAAUGAAACUUUGAAUCGUUGGCAACAAUUACAAUCUGAAUCAGCAUUUUUAACAAUUAAAUAUGCUCUACAUCGAGAAGAUUACAUGAACGAACUUUUGCCAGAUGGUUAUUCUAAACCAAUAAUAGUUUCUAAACCUAUUGAACGUCAACUAAAAAAAUCUAAAUCAUUAGUUCAUUGGCCACGUCAAACUACUACACAUAAGACUUUAGCAUAG